AUGAAGUCGCUUUCACGAAAUUUUCUUGCUAUUACCAUUGCUGUACUAUGUGGACAGCCAAUCCUCGCAGCCAAUGAUUGCUCUAGUGUUACUGCUCUCAAUAGGGUUAAUGGAGUCACUAUUAAUUCCGCGAAAUGGGUCGCCGGAAAUAGCCUGGUUCUCACUGAUUCAUCGACUGGUGCGAAACUGCCAAAUGAAUAUCCCUUCUGCAGGAUCCACGGUGCCAUCGCGUAUGCCGGGAAUAACUCGCUUCGGUUUGAGCUGUGGCUGCCCGAGAAUAAAUCUUACAAUGGCAGAUACAUGGCGACUGGAAACGGAGGCCUCGCAGGCACAAUCGAUACAUCAUCCAUGAUGCAAAGUCUCAACCGAGGCUACGCAGUUGCAGCAGGAGACUCGGGCCACAACGAAGCAUCUAAUGGCAACGGCACCACCCAACCCGAACAAUACAUCCCAUUCCUGCACAGCAAAUCGCAAACAAAAGCCUGGAUCCACGAUUCCAUCGCCAAAUUGACACCACCCACCCGCAACCUGACCAUGCGGUACUAUGGCUCUGCACCGCGGUUCAGCUAUUUCAGCGGAUGUUCGACAGGCGGCGCGCAGGGGUUUGCGCUGGCGCAGUUCCAUCCGGAGCUCUUUGAUGGGAUUUAUGCGGGCAGUCCGGGGAACUGGUAUUCGCAUUUGAUUUUGGCGUUUUUAUGGAAUGCCAGACAUUCGAGGGACGCUGCAUUUCUCGACCAGGCUACUCUCAACUUUACCACCAACGCCAUCCUCUCGCACUGCGACGGCCUCGACGGGGUCGUCGAUGGCCUUAUUGAGAAUCCGCUCAAGUGCUCAUUCAAUAUCACGUCAUUCGCCUGUCAUGGCUCUUCUCAAUCUUCCAGAAAAUCCGGGAAAUGUCUCACCAACCCCCAAAUCGCAGCUAUAAACGCUAUUUACCAGGGCCCACGCGAUUCCAGGACCGGUCAGUCCAUCUACCCCGGGUACACGCUCGGGAGCGAGAAACAGUGGCUUCUGCAGGAGACCUCGCUGUACCUCAACUACAGCACGCCUAUUCUACAGAAUCUGGUUUUCCGGAACUUGUCUUUUGACACUGAUAAGUUUGAUUUCGGUGCAGAUGUUGAUGCAGUGGAUACCUGUGCCAGUCCGUUGAUCGAUGCCAUCACUACGGAUCUGAGUGCGUUUCGGCGACGGGGUGGUAAGAUGGUUGUUACGCAAGGCUGGACUGAUCCCUACAACGGCGCCCUCUGGCCCAUCCGCCAUCUCGAGCAGCUGCAGAAGACCGAGGCCAACGGCAGGGUACCAGAUUUUUUGAACUUGUAUAUGAUUCCAGGAGGUGGGCACUGUGGCCCAGCAUCUUUUUUUCCCUCGGCUCCGUCGACAUACCAUGUUGAUAGUGCGCUUCGGGCGUGGGUGGAGAACGAUACCUUUCCGGAACAUAUUAUCACGUCGCGGCCGUUGGAUGGCUCGCGUCGUACUAGGAAGCUGUGUCCCUGGCCGCAGAGUGCUCGUCUUAAAGGUCAUGGUGCGGACUCAGAUGACGCAGCAAGUUUUGUCUGUGCAUGA